AGUUAAUGUCAAGUGACAAAUACACAAGCUACAUAUACACAAUACGAUCAACAAACAUUGCAAACAAACAACAUAUAUACCAUACAAACAUAUACCACAUAUACCCAUACAAAACAGAGGAAAAGACUAGCUAAGAAGCUGUACACUAUAUGUCCAUAACUGUUGUCCACGAUGCAGCGCAUACACGUAGACAACUCCGCCCCAAAGUAUCAGAGUGGCAAAUGGUCCUGGGAUGAGAAGGCCGAGAGAUUGCAUUUUCAGGCGCAUUUCGAUUUGGAGCACACAAACGAACGUUAUGUUGAGACAAAUGGAUAUAAAUUUCUUCGGACCAUCAAUCAGGAGGAGGAGCUGAUCUUUCGCCAGGUAUUUGUACGUCCCGAUACCACAUAUGAUGCGGACACUGUGGUCAUCAACGAUGUCCGUGAUCUGGUGCUGUUCCUAAUGCCGAAAGAGUUUUUGUCGUCGAAAUUUAUUGAAUUUAUGCACAUGCCAGCUGUGCAUAGACUUAUCCAUGCUCUAAUUAUCUAUUUUGAGUAUUUUCUGCGCAUGGUGGAGUUCAUUCUGAUCGAGCUGGCCGGCAAGCUGGCGCAGGUCCAAAGUGAGCAGACGAAUGAAAUGAAGAAAAUAUUCUCAACGUACUUGAGUCAAUAUCGCAUGUUGGUCGCUAGAAAUUAUAGCACUAUCGUAAUGGGCAAUGAUGUUUUGAAGAAAUUUUACCAUACAAAAGAGAUUGUCAAUAUUUCGUCCAAGAUCAACGAUCGAUUCUUUCACAAACACUUUUUGGCGGUCUGCACUCAGAUCGUGUGGAUCACGAUGCAUAGACGGGCAUAUUUCAUAAUCGAAAUGGAAAUGAAUCGACUUUUUCGCUCGGAGCACUUUUUAAUGAACCGUCCGGAUUAUCUAAAAUUCACAGCCGUAGAACGAUCUCUGCUCUAUGGCCGUAAUAUGAAGAUUUUCAACUAUCGCAGCCAGAACUCGCCGAUGAUUCAGGAGCUAAAGAGUGUAGCAGAAGAGGAUAUGCCCAUACUAUGGAUAGGCGAGCGCAAAUAUCGUGGCAGCGAUUCACGAAUAGCCGAACUCGAGCUGGAAUAUAUAGUGCCGGGGCCCCAAUUGCGUAUGAUCGAUGUGGUGCACGGCAUUCUGGGAAAUCCAAAAACCCUAUACGAUACCAUACUCACGCUGAACUGGCCAUCGGUGCGCUAUGCCAACUUCUCCAAUCAGUAUGAUCCCUACUAUAUUCUACGCCAGCCAAAUCUACGCAUACCCAACAUCAGCGAGAUGCAGGUGCGCAAAUUGUCGAAGCACUUUGAUAAGUACUACAAGGUAUUUCGUAUCUACGAGUCGUGCAGCGAAGAAACGCUAGCCAACUGGCUACGUCGCGAGAAGAUCAUCAAAUACUAUUGCUCCGGCGGCGUUCUCUACGACAUCUUCAUACGCUGCGAGAGGCAGCUCAUCACCGAAAUGAAGCGGCCGGCGGUGCCGACGAUUGUUGCCAAUUACUUCCGCGUAAUGUCCAGGUUGCGGAAGAAGAAGACUGUCAAUUUCGAUACGGACACGGAAGUGCAGCGCAGCACGGUACAGUAUAAGAGGAAGGGCACGGAAUAUUAUUUCAAUUAAUUGCUUAACUAGAAGUGUAAAUUAAUCAAUCAAGUGGGAAUUCGAUUCGAAAUUUCACACUCAACUUUUUCAAAUUUCCAAGCAAUAAAACCGAAUGUCAAACUA